AUGUCCUACCUCGUCACUGGCGCCAACUCAGGCAUCGGCCUCGAACUCGUGACCCAACUCAGCGCUCUCCCAACGUCCAAAGUCACCAGAGUCUUCGCCCUCGUUCGCCGCUCCUCCGAAGCCCUUGACGCCCUCCCUUCUGACCGCGUCACAACAAUCAUAAUUUCUAACCUCGCCGACGCAGCCGAAGUGUCAAAAGCCGUUGCAUCAGCCACUGAAAAGCUCGACGGCAAAGGCCUGGAUGUCCUGAUCAACAAUGCCGGCGCGAUGGAACCGACUGGCGGAAAGUUUGAGCCCACGCAGAAGACCCAGGACAUGUCGGCGCAAGAGCUUAUGAGCACGCUGGAGAGUAACGUCGCAACCUCACUGGUUGUCACCAGCAGCUUUCUACCCUUACUGAAGCAAGGCAAGCAGAAGAAGAUCUUCAACAUAACUACCUGUGGGGCCUUCCACGCGUACAAGAUCAGCAAAGCCGCAAUGAACAUGCUCAACCAGCAAUUCGCGGGCGAGCUCGAGGCAGAAGGAUUCUGUGUAGCGCUGAUCACGCCGGGUUGGCUCAAAUCCCGCCAUCCUCAGGCGGAUCUCGAGGUUUCUGUCGGCGUCAAGGCGGUGCUCGAUAUUGUGUUCGGUGCGGGGCCGGAGCAGAAUGGGAAGUUUUUGAAUAUUCGUGUUGCGGGGUGGGAGGAGAAUACCAAGGGGCCGAAUAAGUAUGAUGGGAAGGAGAUUCCUUGGUAA